AUGCCACCAGAAGAGUUCUUUUCUGACUAUGAAUCUGAGGAUGAUUACUGAAGCAACUACGAUGACCAUGAUGAUUAUGAUGAAGAAGAUGAAGAUGAAAUAUGAGGAAGAUUUGUAUCAUGGGCUUGGAACCAAACUGAAGAAGUGCUUGAUAGUGAGACAACUACGCCGCUUUAUGCAACAACAGGCACUCAUCCUGUGGAAAUAAUUCAAACCUCAAGUGAUGAGAGUGGAAUCAAGGACAACACUGAGGUUGGGAAUGCUGAAGAUGAAGCUGAAGGCCAAGGUACACAAGAGAGUAAGGAUUCUGAAGGAGGUGAUUCCCUAGAAAAUGCUAAGUGUUGGAAUUUAGGCGUUGAGUCGAUUACAAGCAAAAAAAUUUGCCCGCGAAAAGGGAAGGGAUGAAAUAAAAUGGAAUUUGCAUGCAAGUCAUGGAGAAAGAAAAAUUGAAGAAAAAAAAGGUAUGAAUGCAACAAGAUUUUGGAUAUACAUAAUAUUGGGGUAGAAAAUUAUGAAAGGAGUUUAGGACGAAGAUAUCAAGUCUUAAAUGAAGUAGAAUUGAAUUUGAAGAAAAAAGCAGAAAAUGUGAAGUAUUGAAAGAAUUUUUUAGAUGGAAAUAAUUGGAGUUGAAAGAAGAAAAAAGAAGAAGAAUUUGGAAAAUAUUGGUCCUCUAAAGGAGAAAAUAAUAUAAACUUUUAA